UGGCGGCCGCAGGCGACUUCUUUCCCUUUGUCAGCAUGGAGGAGGUGAGAGUGUCUGAUGUGGAGGUGUGUAACCUGGCGUACGGGGGGCGGCUGGACGAGCUGAGGAGCAGGGUCCUAGCAGACAAGUCUCUGGCCAGCAGGACAGACCAGGAUGACAGGACACCCCUGCACUGGGCAUGUUCUGCAGGGCAGACAGAAGUGGCUGACUAUUUACUUAAACUAGGCGUACAUGUUGAUGACAAAGAUGAUGCAGGGUGGACGCCUCUUCACAUUGCCGCUUCUGCAGGACGCACCGAUAUAGUCGGAGCCCUGAUUGGGAAAGGGGCGCAAGUGAAUGCAACCAAUCAGAACGGCUGCACACCCCUGCACUAUGCCGCCUCUAAGAACAAGCACGAGAUUGCAGUUUUGCUCCUUGAAAAUGGUGCUUCUCCCGAUGCAAAGGACAAACUGGAGUCCACACCUCUGCAUCGUGCUGCGUCCAAAGGCAACCUGAAAAUCGUAGAACUCCUCCUAAAACACAAAGCCUCAACAAACAUACAAGACACUGAAGGGAAUACUCCUCUUCAUCUUGCCUGUGAUGAGGAGCGAACGGAGGAAGCCAAGUUCUUGGUAGAACAUGGAGCAAGUAUUUAUAUAGAGAACAAAGAUGAGAAGACGCCCCUACAAGUAGCUAGAGGAGGACUGGGGGCACUGCUAAGAAGGAUAGUAGAGGGCUAGUUACUUUUGCACAAAUGUUAAACUGCCACAUCUGUAACUUAUAUAUUUUCCAUCACAUGGUCUGUUCUUUGUGUUAUAUGUUAAAACUAGUUUGGAUACUUUUACAGAAUCACACCAACAAGUUCUCUGCUUUUAUAGAUUUGUAUAAGGCUCUUAGAACCUCUUAUGGGCUAUGAACACCUUUUGGGGACAAUUGUUUUUAUGAUUGCAUUUUACUUAUUUUGGUCUAAAAAUCAUAUUCAGCUAUUUUGUCCUACAGGGUUAAGUUUUAGUCUCUGCAGACUGUCACUUUCUGUUUUAGCACUUAUUUUUCCAUGUCUGACCCGCAUUUUUAUUUAAAUUUUUUUGUGGAUUGCACAUGGACCAAUUUUAAUUCUAUUGGUCUG